CUCUUCUAUAUAUUCAUGUACCCUCUUGUAAUGAACUUGCAUUUCCUUUCUCUUGUUGUAUUAGCCAUGACUCUAGCAAGCAAGCUUGUGCUUCUCUUUGCACUACUUGUGCUCUCCUUCAAUCACAUAGAAGCCAAGAUGAAGAUCACACGUAUGCAGUUCUACAUGCAUGACGUUGUCGGUGGUCCAAACCCGACUGCAGUCCGGGUUGCAGGCCGGUCCAAUUUCACUGGAACAAACCCAAUUGAAGCUAUGUUUGGAUCCAUUUUCAUCAUGGAUAAUCCACUCACAGCCACACCCAAUCCGAAUUCUACAGUGUUAGGACGUGCACAAGGGAUAUAUGCCAUGUCAUCUAAAGAAACUGAGUUUAGCCUUCUUAUGACACUAACAUAUGGGUUCAUUAGUGGACCUUACAAUGGCAGCUCAUUUAGUGUAAUUGGCCGAAAUCCGGUGAUGAGUGAAGUGAGGGAAAUGCCUGUCGUAGGUGGCACGGGAAUGUUUCGGCUUGCUCGUGGGUAUUGCUUGGCUAAGACUUACUCGAUGGAUCAAAUGGAUGCUAUAAUUGGAUACAAUGUCACCUUGAUACAUUAGUUAUUGAGUUGAGAAAAUUUAUUUUCUUGAUGCACUAUUUUCAGUGUACUAGUUUUCCUCUUUAAUGAGGUUGAGGCUCCUGUUUUAUUUAUAUACCUUCUAGUCUUUGUAAUAAAGUUGGAGAGAUUUUUUUUCCUUCUUGUUCCUUUCCUUAAAAACUGAUAUGAUUUAUAUGGGUCUA